ACAUUCUGACAGACACAUCCAGAGUACCCAGCGCUUCGCACAGAUCCAUCAGAGUCACGUCAGGAUGGGGAACAUUCAGUGCCCUGGUACAGAUGCAGUCCACCUGGCUGCUUUUGCUCGAGACUUCUGCCCUUUCCCAACCUACAUGCCCAGUACUCAUCUUAUCAACAUGCUGUCCAUCAACUCUUCUAUUCAACUGAAGGAACACUACAUGGCGGUGCAGACCUCCCUGAAUCCCAAGCAGCAGGAGGACUUUGCCCAGAGACUGAGGACUACAUUUGGCAGGGAGGGCAGGGUCACUUAUGGUGGGGUCGGGGUUGUGGCCCUGUCCCUGAGUUUUCUGUUUGACACUCUUGCCAGGCAGGUCAGGGGAGAGUCAGUGCCAGACUCAGGGCUCAUUCCAGGUUUAUUUCUCAAGGACCCAAGAGGGUACUACCCACAGAACGCCCACACAGUCAGCACAUACCUGAGGCUUGUACCCUACAUUGCCAACAACCCUACCAGGAUGAAAGAGGAGACAGAAAGGUAUGUACGACAGUUAACCCCUCACAAUUCAUCAUCAGUGAAAGAAGACAUCGCAAAAAUCAAUGAAAUUCUGAUGCUAACUGUGGAAGGUACUAUGAAGGUACACCUCCUCCGCCUCAAAAAUGGUACGGCUGAUGAGUUGGAGAGUUAUGAUGAUGAUGAUGAAGACCUCAGUCAAAAUAAAACUACCUUCAAUCUCAACUGUGUGCCAGAGGAAGCUGACAAAGAAUUUUUGGCAAAAGUGCAACAAGCUGAUAACCGUACCAAAGAAACUUUUGACAACUGUAAGCCAGACACAGGAGAAGUACCUGAGACAUUGAUGCAUCAUGUUGCUGAGUUAGAAUGGACACGUGUCAUGUUCGGCCUGGCAUUUGUAUAUAAACAUGCUAUCAGUGAAGAAAUUUUCACCCACAGAGAAGAUUUUGACCUGAAGGCCAAUUCACUGGUAAAAUGGGCAGAGUAGUCCUCUGGCCAAAUACCCAAAUAUCCAAUUUGUGUUCAACUUUUUAUUUGUCUCUGUCCAGUAUGAGCUAUAGUGUUGUAGUUCUUGAUAAUUGAAUUACUGUGCUUAGAUUUUUUUUUAUUCAUGUACUUCCGCUGCAACAAUACAUACAUGCAUGCCUUAGCCGUGAAUGAUACUAUAUAUUUCAUUGUUAACCUGGACUGAGAAAAUGGAAUUGAAUAAAUAAAGGAAUGAAAAAUAUAA